AUGGAGCGAUACCGGGAGCACAGCGUCUUCCCGCCGUCCACUUGGAUGCUGCAUAACUACUUGCUCUUCACUCAGCUGCAGCUGCCCACUAACACCGAGAUCGAUGCCGUUGACUUCCUGAACGGAGCUCGCUUUGCCUGCGACUUUGCAGUCAAUACCAUGUACUCGACAGAGUUCGUAAACUACGCCACGGGUGUUAUCUCGGAGUCCCCAGCGGCCGAGAAGAUGAAGUCUGGACUGUCGGAGACCUGCUACGACGCCUUCCUCUUCGCUAUGAAGCAGACGAGCAAGACUGGCAACCGAUUCACUCUGAAGCAGCUGGACAUUAAUGGGGUUUAUCUGCAUGAUGUCCACUGGGAGCGGAUGUCGCUUGCGGACCUGAAGCAGGAGGAGGCGCUUGAAGCCUUCAACCGAGCGCAAGAAAACGUGGUGGUGAAUCCCAUGGAACAUAUCGAGCCGGAAGACGAGGCAGUUAUGAUUGAACGCCUGCGGUUGGAUGUGCAAUUCGAGGCGGUAGAGCAUUUAGAAGUCGACACGGCUGAAGCUGAGGACCAAGUCGUCGAGAAGAACUCGUCCGCAGUGUGGCGCUUUGAGUCACUUGUUACACAGCCAGAUGAUGUGGACUGGAGGAUUGUCAGCGUCUUGUAG